AUGGGAUGUAACAAGUGUCCUUCUAAUCUAACAGAACAUGAGGUCCGGAUUGUGCUGUUGGGGAGGACUGGAGUUGGGAAGAGUGCAUCAGGAAACACCAUCCUGGGGAGGAAAUAUUUCCUAUCAAAGUUUUCCUCUCUUUCUCUGAUAAAAGACUGUAACAAGGUUCAAGGGAAGGUGGAUGGGCAUAGUGUAACUGUUAUUGACACCCCAGGGUUGUUUUAUACUACACUGUUCAAUGAGGAGGGACUGAGAAGGAUCGCUACGUGCAUCUCUUUCUCUGCACCUGGUCCCCAUGUGUUCCUGGUUGUGAUCCAGCUGGGAAGAUUCACUAAAGAGGAGCAGAAAAAUGUGGAGAUAAUUCAGAGAUUCUUUGGUGAUGAAGCAUCGAAAUACACCAUGGUUCUCUUCACACAUGGAGACCUUCUUGUUGAUGUAACAAUUGAAGACUUCCUGCUUAAAAAUCCAAAUCUGGAAAGUUUACUUUCUCAAUGCAGUGGGGGAUAUCAUGUCUUUCAAAACAAAGAUAAGAAUCCCUCUCAGGUCACUGAGCUGCUUGAGAAAAUAAACAAUAUGGUGAAGAUGAAUGGAGGAAGCCACUACACCACUGAGAUGUUCCAGGAGGCUGAGAGAGCGAUUGAAGAAGAGAAAGAGAGGGAUAAGAAGGAGAGAGAGAAUAAAGAGAGAGAGAUUAAAAAGAAAGUAGUACAAGAAGGUGAAUGCUGUGUACAAUGAGAGUCUGUAACAUUACCAUCUGUCAUUYUUUUGACUGGCUGGUUGGUUGGCUGGCUGGUUGGUUGGUUGAUUUACAGUUUGUCUAACAAAUGUCUAAUUCUAAUGGUUUACAUACGUUGUUAGACGAAGCAUACACCAGCCUUAACAUUUGCAUAUUAAUUGAUGACGAAUGAUGAUUCCUAUAUUUCCUAAAUGACUAAAUGCCUUAAUGGUUCA